UUAGUUGGAAAGUUCACUUCGUUAGUGGUAAAAAUUUAAUUGAUUUGGAUAGGAAUAAAACUAAAUUAACUAAAAACAAAUAAUGGCUACAGAACACAAAUUUAAAUUUGCCAUCGACAGGGGUGGUACUUUUACGGACGUUUUUGCAAAAUGCCCCAACGGAAAGAUCCGGGUCCUCAAACUACUCUCAGAGGAUCCACAGCAUUACAAAGAUGCACCCACAGAAGGUAUUAGAAGAAUACUACAAGAGGAGACAGGCUCCGCUUUGGAUGGAGACGGAAAUGUAGACAGCUCGCUCAUAGAAUGGAUUCGUAUGGGAACAACCGUGGCAACUAACGCCUUGUUGGAGAGGAAAGGAGAACGGAUGGCGUUCGUUACAAACAGCGGAUUCGGCGAUAUACUACUUAUUGGAAACCAAGCCAGGCCCAAAAUAUUUGACUUGAACAUUCGGCGUCCCGACGUCCUCUAUUCGGAAGUAGUGGAAAUUGACUGCAGAAUAAUACCGGUGCUGGAUGGCAAAUGCCAAUUGGGAGAACGCGACACCGCUAACUGGAAAACCGUCGACGGAAAAACCGGGGAAAAGUUUUAUGUAACGAAAGAAGUAAAUUUAGAGGAAACAAGGAACAAAUUGGCCGCGCUGAGGGCGAAGGGGAUUGACAGCAUUUCCGUUGCGCUCGCACACAGCUACGCUUACUACGAACACGAACUUUUGAUUGGACAAGUCGCACACGAGAUAGGUUUUCAACAUGUUUCUUUGUCCCAUCAAGUAAUGCCCAUGGUAAGGAUAGUCCCAAGGGGGUUCACGUCUUGCGCAGACGCUUAUUUAACUCCACACGUGAAAAAAUACCUUCAAGGGUUUUCCAGGGGGUUUAAGAACCAAUUGGAUGGUACCAGGGUACUUUUUAUGCAGAGUGAUGGUGGGCUCACACCCAUGGAUAACUUUAAUGGGUCCAGGGCUAUUUUGUCAGGACCAGCAGGUGGCGUGGUGGGUUACGCAGUGACAACAUGGCAAAAAGAAACCGAUCUUCCGGUGAUUGGUUUCGACAUGGGCGGAACGUCAACGGACGUUUCCAGAUUCGCGGGAAGUUACGAACACGUGUACGAAAGCACCACUGCAGGAGUCACCAUACAGGCCCCCCAACUUGACGUAAACACAGUGGCUGCCGGCGGAGGCUCAAUGCUAUUUUUCAGAUCUGGUAUGUUUGUGGUUGGUCCUGAGUCAGCAGGAGCACAUCCUGGACCAGUCUGCUACAAGAAAGGAGGGCCUCUAACUGUAACAGACGCAAAUUUGGCCUUGGGAAGGUUGUUGCCUGAAUAUUUCCCGAAAAUAUUUGGACCCAACGAAGAUUCACCCCUCGAUAAAAAAGAAACCCUGAAAGAAUUUGAGAAGUUGACCAAGGAAAUAAAUGCGUUUUUGUCAGGGCAAGAACAAAACAAAAAAUCUAUGUCAAUAGAAGAGGUAGCUAUGGGUUUUGUUAGGGUAGCAAAUGAAGCCAUGUGUAGACCCAUUAGAGCUUUAACUCAAGCCAAAGGAUAUGACACCGCUAGACAUACUUUGGCAUGUUUUGGAGGCGCUGGUGGUCAACAUGCUUGCGCUAUUGCCAGAUCUUUGGGAAUGAGUACUGUUUUCGUACACAAAUAUGCUGGUAUUUUAUCUGCAUACGGAAUGGCCUUAGCUGAUGUAGUACACGAAGCUCAAGAACCGAGCGCCAAAAUUUACUCGUCAGAAAACUUCGAAUUCUUUGAAGAACGCUUGGACAUCUUGGGGGAACAGUGUAAAAAAGAACUACUAAAACAAGGCUUCCUCGAAAAAAACAUCGUUUUGGAGCCUUACCUACACAUGAGGUAUGAUGGUACAGACUGCGCCUUGAUGUGCACAGGCACCGUCUCUGAAAUUGGUACUAAAUACGGGGACUUUGCGGAGACGUUCGUUCAAAGAUAUCAGUCUGAGUUUGGUUUUACAAUACAAAAUAGAAGUGUCGUUGUGGACGAUAUAAGGGUCAGAGGUGUUGGUAAAAGCGAUUUGGAUCAAGAAAAUGUGAAAGAAAUAUCCAACGAUUCGCCAGCAAUUACUUCGGUAUCAAAAGUUUUCUUUGAGACUGGAUAUCAGGACACGAAUGUCUACCACUUGGAUAAACUUUUUGGUGGGCAGGUUAUAUCAGGGCCGGCCAUAAUUAUGGACCAAUUGAGUACUGUUUUGGUUGAACCCGAUUGUACAGGAAUUAUUACUAAAUAUGGAGAUAUUAAAAUAACCAUUGGGUCAGGGCAGCUUAAGAAGAUUGGACCUGAAUUGGACUCCAUACAACUGAGUAUUUUUAGCCACAGGUUUAUGAGUAUAGCUGAGCAAAUGGGAAGGAUUCUUCAAAGGACCUCCAUUUCAACAAACAUAAAGGAACGUUUGGAUUUUUCGUGCGCUCUUUUUGGUCCUGACGGAGGAUUGGUGUCAAACGCGCCCCACAUUCCCGUGCACCUUGGUGCAAUGCAAGAGGCAGUUCAGUAUCAAAUGAAAACAAGAGACACCUUUUAUGAAGGCGAUGUCAUACUUUCCAACCAUCCUGCUGCAGGAGGCUCACAUUUGCCUGAUUUUACUGUCAUCACACCAGUGUUUUACAAAAACAGUGAAAAUCCGAUAUUCUUCGUGGCAAGCCGUGGUCAUCAUGCCGACAUAGGUGGCAUAACUCCCGGUUCGAUGCCGCCCCAUUCGAACAGUUUGGAUCAAGAAGGUGCAGCGUUUAAGUCGUUUCUAUUGGUCGAAAAGGGUAAAUUUAGAGAACAGGAAGUAACCGACGCCAUCUUGAGUGCCGGUGGAAGAAAUUUGGGCGACAAUAUUUCCGAUUUGAGGGCCCAAGUUGCAGCUAACAAAAAAGGAAUUGAUUUAGUUUGUGAACUUAUUGACCAAUACAGUUUGGAUGUAGUGCAAGCUUAUAUGACUCAUAUACAGACUAACGCGGAAAUUGCCGUAAGGGAUAUGUUGCGACAGGUAGCCAAAGACGCCCUUAAAAGAACUGGAAAAACGGUUUUGCAAGCUGAAGACUUUCUGGACGAUGGCUCGCCUAUUAGGUUGAAAGUAACUCUCAACGAAAAGGAGGGAUCUGCAUUUUGUGAUUUUACAGGCAGCGGUCCAGAAGUAUGGGGCAACUGCAAUGCACCAAAGGCCAUUACCCUGUCCGCUCUCAUUUAUUGUCUCAGAUGCAUGGUCGGUCAUGACGUUCCACUAAAUCAGGGUUGUCUAGCUCCGGUUCAGAUCAACAUAGCCAAAGGAUCAAUUCUGGACCCGAGCGAUGACGCGGCCGUGGUCGGCGGCAACGUCCUGACGUCGCAGCGCGUCGUCGACGUCGUCCUCAAAGCCUUCAGGGUCUGCGCAGCGUCUCAGGGAUGCAUGAACAACAUCACUUUCGGCAGCGAGUCCUGGGGAUGCUACGAGACCGUUUCCGGCGGAAGCGGAGCCGGUCCUUCUUGGCACGGCUGCUCCGGCGUCCACACGCACAUGACCAACACCAGGAUAACGGACAUCGAAAUAUUGGAGCGCCGUUAUCCCGUCCACGUGAAAAAAUUCCAUCUUCGUCCUGGUACAGGAGGAAAAGGACGAUUCAACGGCGGCGACGGAGUGCUAAGGGAAAUCAUGUUUAGAUCGCCAUUAACCCUUUCCGUCCUGACUGAAAGAAGGGUCCUGCAGCCUUAUGGAAUGGAAGGCGGCAAACCAGGAGCCCGAGGUCUCAAUCUACUCAUCAGAUCGGACGGAAGGACCAUAAAUCUUGGACCAAAGACCGCCGUUCCCGUUCAGCCCGGGGACGUGUUCCAGCUUCACACCCCAGGUGGCGGAGGUUACGGGUCCCUAGACGGCAUAGAGAUGGGGCAAGACGCUUUGACCCUAGAGAAAGUCGGCAACCGCGCUCCCAGUGGGACUUUUAUUGAACGUGGAAGCGUUUUUGAGUAUCGUCAGGCCCAAGAAGGAGUCUAAGUUUAUUACUUGAUGAAUAAGUAAAAUAUAAGCAUGUAAGAAUAAAUAGUGUUAUACCUAUUUGUUAUAAUAUGUUAUUAAUUGAUGAAUACGUAAAAUAUAGGCAUGUAAGAAUAAAUAGUGUUGAUGAUGUAUUUGGGGCUACUGGGUUUAAAUCCAAAAGCACCAAAUACACCUUUAGGUUUUAUAAUAUAUAACGUUUUGUAAUUUUUACUGUAUUAAUUUCAAAAAUGUAUUAAAUAAAUAAAAUUUUAACCAA